AUGUUGCAAGACAUAUCGGCCCAAGUAACACAGCUGUACAACCGUGGUCUCGCAUACACAUCUGUUACGCAAGCUAUCGCCGGAUGCUCUAGCGAAAUCGACCGUUAUCUGGCGGAUUAUUCGUGGUCAUCUCAGAUGCAAAGUCAAUAUAACAUCCACGAAGUGUUGGAAAUUCUACGGAGGCAGCAGGAUUCUGUAGGACCGACUGUAACGAAGUUAACCGCGGCUGUCACAUUUGGCUGUGUGACACUGGUAGACGCAACAGGCCACCUACCAUGAACUUGAAGGUGAUCGCUCGAUCUCUGCAGAUAUACCUACUAGUGAAUUUCCCGUUUCUUCAUCUACUCUCCAUUCGAAUUUAUCACUACUAGUGCACCCUGGUUCUCUGGCGAGGGAGCCAGAUAUCAAAGUCUCCAUCGACAUUUCCUCCACCACAUCCUCCCGUGGCGAUUCCUCUGCCCGCAAAGCUUCUGACAUGGCUCAGACAUUUUUGCCUUUCGUCCAGGGCGUUGCAAGUGCCAUUCCAGUUGCCGGUCCUCCGAUGCAAGCUACUAUUAGUGGAUUAUUGUCAAUCCUUCAAGCCAUAGAUAGACGUAGUCAGAAUAGGGCGGACCUAGACCGCCUGGCGUCACGACUCCAUCGACUAAGUUCGCCAUCAAGACCAUCAACUUGGUCUGCCCCACGCAGGUCAGGUUCAAGUUUCG